CAGGAAUGUCCUUGCGCGCGGAAGAGGAAUGUCGAAGAGAAAGACAGAAUCGCCUCGUCAGUUUAUCAGGCAACGGCUUUAGGGUUAAUGACAGUAAAGGAAGAAAAUCCUUUAGAAGAAUCCAGAAGAUUGGUUUGACGUUACAAUGCUUCACUGUAAGAUCAAGACAGAGAAAACAGAUCCUGGGGCUCGAAACCGCCUUGAUGCAGUGUUGCAAGGUCUGGUCGAAAGAAGUGACAGUGAGAGAGAGCAGAAUGAGGAGGAUUCUGGGAAAAUGGUGGCAGACACUUUGAGCAAGGAUUUAUCACCUACCUCUGCUGGGAAAAGGCCAUCAUCAAGAUUCCCACAACACCGAAGGAAAAAGCGCAAGGAAAUGGAUGAUGGUCUGGCUGAAACCAACCAGCUUAAACAGAAUGCUUAUAUAAUCAAGUUAUUUGACCGCAGUGUGGACCUGGCACAGUUUAGUAAUGCCACACCACUCUACCCCAUCUGUCGUGCAUGGAUGAGAAACAACCCCUCCAUGCGAGAGAGAACUGCCCCCAGCCCCCCUCACAGCUCCGGGGAGGAAGAGAUGAAUGACAUGCUAAAUGGAAAAAGUCAGAAUGUCUACAGGCUUCCUCCACCUGUCUGUCCAAAAUCUGGUGAACCUGUAAAUCUCAGAAUUCCACCUGUAGAAAAGGCUGCAGAGAGCCAGUCCAUAGAUACUGAAGCAGGGUCCUCCCCUCUUAUCUUCAGUCACAUCAAGCGUUGGAAGAAAAUCAGACAGAAGUGGAAGGAAGCCUCCAAUAAGAAUCAACUAAGAUACAGUGAGAGCAUAAAAAUUCUAAAGGAAAUGUAUGAGCGCUAGAUCUAGUAAAACAGGGUAUCUGAUGAAUGUUGAUGUGUUUGGUAGUGAGGAAACGGCAUGUUCUGACAUGAAGCCUUAAAUGACAGUUGCAAAAAAUACUUGGAAAUUUAGAAUCAAACUAAAUACAUGUAAACAACUUUGUAGUCUUUGUUUUUCUCUUGAAAUAAAUCUGUUUUACU